UCCUGGUUGGACAUUUUAGUGCAUGUAUGCAAGUGAAAAUUUGCUCAAUUUAAUGGUCAUAACACCUUGGCAGGUGAUUUGUUGUGUUGGUUACCUAUGAUUCUGCUAUGUGAUCAAACAGGGCAUUUUGAUUUAAUGUCGUGAUCAAUAAACCCAGUAUAGUGGAUAGACUUUAUGGAGUACAUUGACAGUGUACUGUGUAGUUUCCCAAAAGUGAGUCACAAGUUACACUGACUUGGCAGUGACCAUUGAAUCAGGUGAUAGACAGUAUGGAGGCUAUAGCUAAACACGACUUUCAUGCGACAGCAGAAGAUGAAUUGAGUUUUACGAAAGGAUCAAUACUGAAGGUGCUGAGUAAGGAUGAGGAUGAGAACUGGUACCGGGCCGAGUACAACGGACGCGACGGAUUCAUACCAAAAAACUACAUCGAGAUGAAGCCGCAUGACUGGUACAAAGGCAAGAUGAGUAGACAGGAGGCGGAGAGGUUGCUGAUGAAACAGAAGCACGACGGAGCAUUCCUCAUACGCGCCAGCGAGAGCUCUCCCGGCGAUUUCUCGCUCUCGGCCAAAUUUGAUCCAUCUGUCCAGCACUUCAAGGUACUGCGGGAUGCCAAUGGCCGCUACUUUCUCUGGGUCGUCAAGUUCAACUCCCUCAAUGAGCUUAUUGACUAUCACAGAAACACGUCAGUCAGUAGAACACAGGAAAUCUUCCUUAGAGACAUGGACGCUGAGGCUGAGGCGCCAAGAGCCGUACCCAGUUCUGGGAAAAAAGAAACG